AUGGGCUGCUGGCAGGUGCGACAGCCGCCGAGGCAGUUGACCCCACUGGCGGCAGCGGCGUUUGGGCCUGGAGGGCACCCCAGGUGAAGCACCCAGCACACCAAAGGAUCGUUACAACAAAGCGACGUGCAGUUGAGCCGUUAUGCAUCACGAUCCUUCCCACACUGAUACAGAACAGCGAAUCAGUCACGGCUGCAUCUAGGACUCGCCAUUGCCGCUGGACAAGGUCAGAUCGACGCGAUUGCUUUGAGAACCGCCGGGGUCGCUGAAUCCGCGUAGAAGUGCGCGACUGAUUGCUUCUCACGGAUCAGCGCACCGAAAUCCGCGAUUUCGGCGGGAAGCACCGAUGCAAUCUCGCCUCCGAUGGCG